GUCUGAGAUGCAAAUCAAGAAGGCCUUCCAGCAGGAGAUCAGCCGGCCCUUGGGCCGACAGAUGCUGGAGGCAUCCUUGGCGCACGCGAAUGGCUGCUCUUGCUAUCACUGGAACUACCAUGACCGCAUCAGUGGAAAAGUCAACAUCUCUCGGGUUGACUUGACUUUUGACUUGACUUCAAAGAGCAUGGGACAGGCCGUGAAGGGUGAAGCUGCUGGCUUCUACAGGCCUAACAGUGCUUAUAUCAAUGCAACCGUCUACUAUGACGACCAGCAAUACCUCCAGGGCAAUCAGAGCGUCCAGAUCUACAUGGAUGGAAGCAAAUUCAUCAUCGACUUCUUCACCACCGACCAGUCGGAGAAGCCAAUUGCGCGUAUCGUUCAGAACGCCUCGUCCUUUACCUUCCAGGGCACUGACACUGGUGACGCCACCUGGGGUACUAACUAGUGGCUGAUUCGAUGACCGCCGGGAAGAGCCAUUUGGCAUCUAUGGCAAUCAAUUUGGAGCUGACAGGGUGUG